AUGUCGAGUAUAGCUGCAGCUAUGGGGCAGUUGCCGCGCUUCGAUGGGCGCUCACCGGACCCUAAGAGGCUCACGGCUUUGAAGCAGAAACCGGGGCAGACGGUGAUGGAGUUGGCGGACGAAGUGAGGCAACUUGCGGCCUACGUUCCCAACUACCCUACGGCUAUGGCGGUGAGACACUUUAUUGAGGGGCUGGGGGACAAAGGCCUGAGGGAGAGAGUGCUGGGAGGAAGGCCAAUCUCCCUGGAGGCGGCUGAGGAAGCUGCUAAGUACUUUGUGUCCUAUUCGUUACCAAUGGGGAUAGAGCCGGUGGUGGAAGCUGCUAAAGAGAAGGACCUGGUGAAUAAGGAGUCCGAGGUGGAUAAGAUCACCAAGCAGCUGGAGAAGCUGAGUAUCCAGUUAGCCCAGAUGCAGCAGGGAAGGGGAGGCGGCUUACUCCAUAGGCCGGCAGGAGGCAGAUUUAAGUGUUACCAGUGCGGGAAGGAGGGGCAUAUGGCUCGGGACUGCACCCAAAAGGGGCGGGCGGCGCUGAACGUCAUGCAGCAGGUCCUAGAGGGAAAAGCCCCGACUAUAGCGGAAUUUCUUAACGGGGAAGAGGGAAAGCUGGAUAUGCUGGUCGGACCUCGGAAAAGGCAGGCAGUCCGGGACCCGGAAGGAUGGGGAAUAGACGAGGCAAGGGAGGAGUUGAGGAAGAAGCUGGCACAGACGGGUGGGGCUGAGGAAGCAGCUAAGGGAUCCCGGUUCGUACGGAGGCCACGGGUAUCCGCCCUACCCAACUCAUAUAAUGUGGUGGACCGGCUGAAACUCACCCCCGUGAGCGUCAGCGUCUGGAAUUACAUAAGCGACAGUGACAAGGUGAGAAAAGGGUUGUUGGAUGCUCUGAAGCUGGUUGAGGAUAAGGGGAAGGAGGACGGGGCAGCCGCCAUGCAAGGGGUUUCGAUAGUGGCAGCUGCUCCACGGGAGAAUGAUACCAAGCCUCCUCAGCAUUGGUCCAGGAUGAAUGAGGAGGAGUUCCAGCGGUGGCUAGAGGAGAAGCAGCUCCUCCUAGCCAAGGAGCAGGGGCACAUCCGGCUGACGGAGGAGGAGGAGGCGGACUAUUGGGCAUGGGUCCAGGAGGAAGAGGAGUUGGAUCGGGCGGAGCUGGAAGCCCUAGAACUCAAGGAGCAUGAGUUCUAUGAGGAGCUCGGGGCAGACGGGCUCGAUGGCAUACCCGAGUGA